AUCUUUAAUCACCUCGCAAUGUAACCUUAUAUUACUGUAAUGGGAUCAUUUGUACUUUUGUAAAAUAUCCCUUUACAACUUGACAGCCAUGUAAAUUCACACUUCUGCCUAAAAUGUUGUUACACUGAGAGUGUUUUUGAGAUGACGUACAUUACUGAUGUUCUCCAUCACAAAAAAUGGACUGGCAUACUGUUUCAAAGCGUGAGGAUUUUGGUGUUAGUCAUCACAGUCGCCCUCAGAAAUGCCCACAACAGCAAACAUCCUCACAAGCCCACUCUUUUAAAGCAAUUUCUUUGUCUCAUUAGGGGAAUGGCAAACACUCUUUUGUAUCGGCCCUUCAAAAGCACUGAACGCUUUGAAGCAUAUUGUUGACGGCCCCUAGAUUGUCUUUGUGUUAAUUGAUCCGCUAGCAGACACCACUCUUGCCCUCCCUCCUCUGUCUCACUCCAUCUGCCUUUAUAUCCUGCCAUCCGCUGUUUUCCUUUCAGGAUGAGAGUGGCUUUGCUCAACAGUGUUUCUAAAGAUGGACGAGACUAGCACACUUGAAACACCUGUAAGGGUUAUCGGGCCGCCCAAUAAGCGAUCAGCACUCUGACAGAAACCAACCAACCCGUGAAGGUUUUGUUGCAGGGAAGAGGACAUUGCUUUUGUCUUUGCCUAAGUGGCCUGAAGCACAGCACCCUUUUUUGUGUCUGCUCUCGAUACGACAAGAACAUCUAACCUAAAGAGCUUAAAAGAGGACAACGUGUUUACUUUUGGCAUUUAUUCGCACAGGUGUCACAUCUGAAGAACCUUUCUUUUUACUUCACACGAAACUGUUGGAUAAUUUACGAGGGCCUUUGCCAUCAUUCAGACACUAGUUUAGGUUCUGUUUGACGUUUAUUGGGUGCUUGGAAGUAAUGCAUCUUUGACAGCCACUGCAUCCAUGUCACAGUAUCAAAUUCAAUCGGUGUGACCUGUUUGGGUAAGGCAACACCGGACUGGGUAGCAACAGAGACACAUGUCCCUGCGAUAAGAGCAGAUCUUUCUUUACCGAGAAGACAAGAAGUCCACCACACAUUACAGUGGUGCGAGACCAACUUCUACCCUCCGGACGUAGCCUGUGAUGGUGGGACUCUCAUUGAAGUUCAAUCAAUCCCAAGUGGGUGAGUUGAGACAAGUGGCAGCAGUUCUUCAAUUAUUCAUCUCUUCAAAGAAAGACCAGGCGAAAGUGAACACAACUGUCUGAGAAACCAAAAGACGGACUAGAACGUGGCUGAACAAAACUUGGUUCCAAGAAUUUUGAAAGACAAAUCUGAGAAGUCUGGCAAGGAUCUUUUUAAGAAGGACUGACCGAGACUUCUUGCGGAGGAUUGGGACCAAAUAACAGACUAGAACAAAACUUUGCUCCGAGAAUUUAAAGACACACCGAGAGGUCCAGCAAGGAACUUUAAAGGUGGACACGAGGACUGACAAACUUAACAAGAGGAGAAGACAGACUAAAAUGCAUCUGAACAAAACUUUGCUUCAAGAAAUUUGAAAGACAAAACCCUAGCAAGUAACUUUCAAAGAAGGACUGACCGAAACUUCUUGCUGAGGAUUGGCAAACGUGCCGACCUCUUUGGGCAAGGAGGGCUGAAGCUAUUAUCUAUAGUUGGAGCACCUGCAAGCGGAAAAGUGUCGUCGAGGUUGUGGCCCGAGGAGGCGUGGUACUCAGAGGGUGGCGAGAUGGUGAACACAGGUAUGCAGCUGAUCAGCUUCACCUGUGCUGUGACGGGCUGGGUGAUGGCUAUAGCAGUGACUGCACUGCCCCAGUGGAAGGUCACGGCCUUCAUAGGCAGCAACAUCUUGACCUCCGAAAUUGUUUGGCAGGGGAUCUGGAUGAACUGCAUCUACCAGACCACCGGCCAUAUGCAGUGUAAGACCUACGACUCCAUGCUAGCUCUACCGCCUGAUAUCCAGGCGGCACGGGCGCUGAUGUGUAUUGCUAUCUUCUUGGGCUGGUUGUCCUGCACCGUCUCUUGCUGUGGAAUGAAGUGUACCACCUGUGCCGGGGACGAUCGCCAUGCCAAGGCUGGCAUAGCGCUGUCCGGUGGGGUGCUCUUCAUCCUGACGGGCCUGUGCGUCCUAGUGCCGGUUUCCUGGACGGCAAACACUGUGGUGCAGGACUUCUACAACCCCAAUGUUCCCCUCCAGCACAAGCGGGAGCUGGGUCAGGCCAUUUACCUGGGAUGGGCGGCAGCAGUGAUUCUUAUGAUCAGUGGGGCGGUGCUGAGCAGUACCUGCCCGCACAUCGAGAGAGGAGGGUACAGACGUGGAUACAUAGGCCGAAGUUUUGCAAACUCAAGGCCUUCUGCUCCUGAUCCACCGAAGCCAAUCACAACCAGUGCCCUGCCUCUUAAGGAGUAUGUAUGAUAAAGAUAAAAAUGAAAGCAAAUGCGGGAAGGUGUGGCUAAACAGGGAUAAUGAUUAAAGGUGCACUCAGUGAUUUCUGUUUCAAUGGACAGAUGCAUUUUGUGUCAUUGUCACUCUGAUGAUCAUGUCCAUAUUUGCCAUUUGAAAUCCCAUUUAUCUGCUUUUUCUUUCAUUGCUUAUACAUCGUACACAUGUUGGUGCUGUUCACUCCAGCUCCUUCGUUAUAUUGUCUGUAAUAUACAUUGUAUUUAUUGUUAUAUUGUUUGGUUUGCUUUUGUUUAGGUAUGUUUUUGUUUAUGUAUGUAAAGCACCACUAGUGGCACCAAAAUGGAAUUGCAAUCUGCUAUUUUUUCAGUGGAACAUUGGCACAACCAGUGCUGUGAGUUUGGAGUGGAACUAUUAGUUUGUCAGUGGUAAACAGGAGUAUUUGAAAACUCUUUUUUUUUCUGUCCAUUUCUGUUUGGUAACACUGGCGGAGCAGAAAUUACACAUUUGACCUUUAAAGUAUGUAAUUUCUGCACCACUAGCAAAAACGGAAUUGAAAAAAAUUAUGAUUGGCACUAACACUGAAAAACAGAUAGAUUCACCACAAACACUGACACGCUUCAGCUUUAACUGAACUGAAUUGUAAAACACAGCUGGCCAUGUGAUCUCAGCUUGUCAUAAGUAUUAUUCAUUUCUUCAGGGGUAAGGAUUUUAAUGUGGAAAAAAUUAUUGAGUGCACCUUUAAUUAAAGACAGUCUAGUAUCUAGAAUUUGAAGCAUAGUGUAUGAGUAGUAAUAUUUGUAGUAGUAUUGCAGUGGGUCUACGAUUUUCAAAAACAUUUCCUUUCCCUUGCUACUUGUCACUCUCUUUACUUAUUAGUGUAUUUUCUCAUAAGAAGGCAUUUAGAUUAGUUUUGAUCGUAUUUUGACAAGAUUUUUUUUUUUUUUUUUUUUUCAAUAGUAUUAACUGUGGGCUAACUGAACUCUUCGGCCCAUUUUGCAGUGUCUUUUUCCUUUCUUUUUUUGUAAAUGGUAAUCUAUCUUGUGUUUUGUAGACAACUGACAGCACACCACUGUUGUCCUUAGAAACAGUACACCCACUUUUAGUAUGUUGGAUUGCUGUGUUCAUUGUGUUUUCUCUAUAUUUAUUUAUUAAAAU